GCAGUACUUCACACUUUCAUGGUUACGUAAGCACUUCACUGUCGAGACGCUCCCAAACAGUUCUAAGCUUCAGCUCCUUUUUUCCAUCAACAUGAACUCAACAACCGUAAAAGAGUCUGAGAAGACGUGCGUCUUGUGCUGCCAGGAUAUCGACAUCUUCGCUUUGGGUAAAUGCGAUCACCCGGUGUGCUACCGCUGCUCCACCAAGAUGAGGGUACUCUGCGACCAGAAGUACUGCGCCGUUUGCCGCGAGGAGCUUGACAAGGUGGUGUUUGUUAAAAAGCUGAAGACCUUUCAGUCUCUGCCUUAUCAGCAGUUUCCCUUUGAGAAGAGAUACGACAUAUAUUUCGUUGACGAAAUGACCCACUCUCAGUACAGGCGUCUGCUGCUGUCGGAGUGCGUCCGAUGUCCAGAGCCUAAAGUUUUCUCCAGAUUUGAGGAGCUGGAGCAGCACAUGAGGAAGCAGCAUGAGCUUUUCUGUUGCAAGCUCUGCUCAAAACAUCUCAAGAUCUUCUCUUAUGAGCGGAAGUGGUAUAACCGUAAGGAACUGGCGCGGCACAGAGCGCACGGCGAUCCGGACGACACGAGUCACCGAGGGCACCCGCUCUGCAAGUUCUGCGACGAGCGUUACCUCGACAACGAUGAGCUGCUCAAGCACCUGCGCAGGGACCACUACUUCUGCCAUUUCUGCGACGCGGACGGCUCACAGGAAUACUACAGUGAUUACCGGUAUCUAAGCGAGCACUUCAGAGAGAGCCACUAUCUGUGCGAGGAAGGACGUUGCGCCACGGAGCAGUUCACGCACGCGUUCCGCUCCGAGAUCGACUACAAGGCCCACAAGGCUGCGGCGCACAGCAAGAACCGAGCAGAGGCCCGGCAGAACCGCCACAUCGACCUGCAGUUCAACUACGCUCCGAGGCAGCAGAGGAGGAACGACGGCAUGGUUGGAGGCGAGGACUAUGAGGAAACGCGACAUAAUCGAGGAGGACGGGCAAGACUGCAGAUGGGCCAGAAGAGCUGGAGGUACUCCCGGGAAAGAGAAGAAGAGGACAGGCAGGUCGAAGCAGCUUUAAGAGCAUCGAUGGCGAUGCAGAGGCAGACGGAGCGGGCUGCCAUGCUAAGGCAAACGGAGCGACCGGUGAUGCAAAGGCAAACGGAGCGACCGGUGACGCAAAGGCAAACGGAGCGACCGGUGACGCAAAGGCAAACGGAGCGACCGGUGACGCAAAGGCAAACGGAGCGACCGGUGACACAAAGGCAAACGGAGCGACCGGUGACGCAAAGGCAAACGGAGCGACCGGUGACGCAAAGGCAAAUAGAUCGGCCUGCGAUGCAAGAGAGGAACACUUCAAAACACUGUAGAGACGAGAGGAUAGAGAGAAUAGAGCCUGAAGAGCCCAGACACCUGACUGGACCGAUCAAACCAAGCAACAAGCCUCCAGUAAAAACAAUGAAGAGCUCUAAUCCAGGAGAUGAAGACGACUUCCCCGCUUUAGGAGCCUCCGCCGUAGCACCAAUCGCGAAGCCGGGUCUGGCAGCACCUUCUGCUGCGGCGCUGAAGGAAGAGGAGUUCCCAAGUCUUUCCAGCACUGCGGUUUCCUCCCCGAUGACUCCUGCUUAUUCCGGACAGCCGAAAAAGAAUUCCUCCUUCCAAGAGGAGGACUUCCCCGCUUUGGUGCCCAAAGUUCGUCUUCUCAAACCCGCAGCGAACGCCAACUCGGCGUGGUCCAACAGCACCCCUGUGGCCAAACCGAACCCUCAACUUCCUCCUUCCUCCAGAGCUCCGCCUCCUCUCUCAGCCGCUCCCUCCGGGCCUCAGCUCCUCUCUUCUUCAAACUCGUCAUCCUCCCGCAAGAAGAAGAAAGUCGGGGAAAAAGAAAAGGCGACGCCUCCUUCUCUGUCUGACGACGACGACGGCGGAGGAAUGACGCAGCAGGAGUUCCGCUCGGUGCCCACCAUGCUGGAUAUCUCCUCCCUCCUCACCGUCAAAGGAGCCAACAGCAAGCCCUCCGCCACCCCAUCCUCUGCAAAUCCGCCCCCUAACACGGACCUCCCCUCCUCCAAAGCCGGCAAGAAGAAAAAGCAGAAAAACUCGGCUGCCUCCUCCGCGUCGGCGCCCUCUGUUUCGGGCACGACGGUGCCGGUGAACGCAAGCUCCGUUGAAACGGCUGCGCAGAAGGAAAACGUCCCUGAGAAAACUUGGAGCAAAUCGCUGUCCAGCGCCGUCACGGCAACCAGCGUGUCGGCCAGCGGUCCCACUGACACGACAUCGGCUGUUUGCAGAGAAUCUCCGAGGGCAACGACACCGCCUGUUGUGGUUCCGGCGCCGGAGCCAGAGGAGGAAUUCCCUGCUCUCAUGACCAAGAAACCUCCUCCAGGGUUCAAGACCUCCUUCCCAGUGAAAACCACAGCUCCAAGCCCAGCCCCUGCGAUGCCCCCGCCUCCGCCUGGACUGGGAAGCUCAGCCCCGAAGCCGCCCCCGGGCUUCACAGGAAUCGCCCUCAACAGCAACGUGGUGGAGCCCACGGUCAGCCUUCCCCCCAAAAUGCCGACUAAUGGCUAUUUGGUGCCGGACGACUUCCAGCAGAGAAACCUGGAGCUCAUCAAGUCUAUUAAAAAGCAUCUCCACCAUGACGAGUCCAGUUUCAACCAGUUCAAAAAUUAUUCGGCUCAGUUUAGACAGAGCGUGAUCUCAGCGGCCCAGUACCACCGCAGCUGCAAGGAGCUGCUGGGCGACGACUUCAACAGCAUCUUCAACGAGCUGCUGGUCCUGCUGCCGGACACCGGGAAGCAGCAGGAGCUGCUGACCGCCCACGCUGACUGCAAGGCGCUGGAGAAGCAAUCCGGCGCCAGCGGGGGGAAGAAGAACAAGAACAAGAAGAACGCCUGGCAGAUGCCCGCCACGACGGCCAACACUGCAGCCGAGCUGGACUGCCAGGUGUGCCCCACCUGCCGACAGGUUCUGGCCCCAAAAGACUUCAACUCCCACAAGACCCUGCACAUCACCGAAAGCGAGGAGUUCCCCUCCUUGCAGUCCAUCAGCCGCAUCAUCAGCUAGCCCCACUCCCCCCUCGUCCCCCGUCUGUUUACCGUUGCCGGGCGACAUUUCAGCUGCAGCUCCGUGAAGGCGUUGCAGAUGCCAGCGUGCGACAGCAGCAGCCCGUUUGCCGUUUACGCAAACAGAGGGAGCCUCAGGCCCUCCUCUGAUGCAGAUUAUAUUGAUGGGUUGGUCCAAAUGGUUUUCCACUUGGACCCGCUUCCUUCGAGGAUGUCUCCAGCUGGCACUCACUGAGAGUGUCUGUAAUCAGAACUGUGACUAUAAUAAUAAUAAUAAUAAUAAUAAUGGAGGAAGGGAGUUGCGGUCUAAGAGAGAAAUUCAAAUGAUUGACUUUUUUUUUUUUUUUUUUACGUUGCUUUAUUGCUUUCACUUAAACAGAAAACUGCACUUUGUCUUGGUAACAUGAGUCAGUAUGAGCAUGGCAGCGACCUGCUUGGUUAAACAACUAAGCAAUUCAGUUCCAGUAAUUAGCACCAUAUUUAUUUAAAUAUAACAGAUUAAUUGCUUAGUUUUUGCUGCUUAAUCCAGAAGGUGGUCGGCCAGCUCAUGGUGCAAGGAUUUUCUUUUUGUCAUGAUGUGACAGAAAAUAAGCUGCUUCUGAUUUUGGAACAAAUUUCUGUUCAUAUUUAAACUGUUAUGAUUAUUAUUAUUUUUUUUUAACAUUCACACUCAUUCCGUUCGUAUCCCCAUCCGGUAAUCUUGGCAUGUUCGUCGAUCAUCACCGGGGCUGUUGUACUGUACAGGGUUUCAACGAAACAAACUCAUCUUCAAUCAUUUAUUUCUCCUUGAGAAUCACUGGGAAAUGAGACUGAUGUCGCUUAAUUUUAGUCCCAGCUUUAAAUUAUUGCACGUUUUACUAUAAUUUGUCUGACUGAAAGAACAUAACCUCCAUCGAAGCACCUUAACGUGUCGACACAAGUGCCAGCGCUUCUCUUUCUGUUUUGAGAUUUCUGGUUUUGCCUGGAAAUCGUACAUUAGUGCACUGUUUUCCAUCCACUUCCAAUAAAGCUGAUCGCAUUGUA